AUGAUCAAUAAUCUUUAUACUGGCAAAGUGGCCAUCGCCCAUAACUCAACUUCCAACGAGACGGUACACGCCCAACAAACUACCCUAAACAGGUUUCUUAUCACUCAGUUCCUCAAGGGGGUCCAACUGAGGUAUGCCCAUUUAUUUAUUGAUCCGAGUGAUCUUCUUACCACUGAUCUUCGUUUUGUGAGGACAUCGAAUUUUUUCGAGAUCAUUCUAAGAAGAGCCAAAUCCACUAAAUUACAAUUUAAGAAAGUGUGUUGCAUUAUAAUUAAGUUUCUGGCCUGUUGUAAUAAAGAGUUCAAUUACAUGAAAUUCCUCAAAUACAAUUUCCACAAGUUAAUCGUUGCAUCGUUCAUUUUGAGUGUCCCAAACAUCCAGGGCGAUGAAGCCAUCAAAAUAUCGACGAGAGAGACAAGUUAUGAACUAUUCUCUAAGAUAACAGGUCUCUCGGCGGAAGAGAUAACUCACUGUUGUUCCAUAGUGAGACCUAUAGUUAUUAGGCGGAGUAGACAGCAAACGUUAACGUUACGGCAAGCUCCAAGAAUGAAUGCUUCGAUUAAUUAUGAUGGGGAUAUAUUUUCGAAUGAGGACCCACAACCGUUAAGUAUCAAUCCUAGGCAUCUAAACAAUAACGACUCAGAUUUGAAUUUAAAUCAACGAUGGCCGGACGCAAUGAGCACUAACACUCUUAAUGAUAGCAGUGGUGACGAGUCCCUGGAGACACGUCCAAGUAACGGAUAUAUAUUGGAGCCAGAAUUGGAACAAUUUAAUCGUUCGGCGAGAAAGUUGGUCCAAGAGAGUUUCAGAGUUAUAUAA